AUGUAUCAAUUAAAGAGGAAAGAUCAUCUUUUGAAUCAUAUAAGAACGCAUACGGGCGAGAAACCUUACGAGUGCAGCGUGUGUUUGAUAAAGUUCACGCAGAAAGGCAGUAUUAUUGCACAUUUGAGGACCCACACUGGUAUACAGCCGUUUGAAUGCACUUAUUGUCACAAGAGAUUUAAACAGCGCACUCAUCUGAACAGCCAUCUCAGAAUUCACACCGGAGAGAGACCGUAUGAAUGUGAUAUAUGUCAGCGUCGGUUCACGCUGAGCUCCAAACUGAAGAUACAUUCGAGAACUCAUACGGGUGAGACCCCGUACAAGUGCACAUAUUGCGACAGUCAGUUCAAGCAAAUAGGCAAUUUGCAAAGUCACAUGAGAAUUCAUACGGGUGAGAAACCUUAUGAGUGUGAGGUGUGCCGGCGCACGUUCAGCUUGAAACAUCAUUUGCGCGAUCAUUUCAGCACGCACACGGGUGAGAAACCGUACCAUUGUUUCGUGUGCAACCUGAAGUUUAAUUAUAAACAUGUCAUGCAGAGGCAUGUCAAAGUUAUGCACCCGUCACAGUCUCAGUUGGCGGAUGUGAACGCGGAAAUGGAAAUGGAGAUCGGGAUGGGUGUGGUGAACGCGGAACCGGAAAUUGAAAUUAGAGUGGACGAGGACGAGGAAGUGAGUUUUGAACCGCCGCCGGAAGUGGAGGUUCGAAUAAAAGAGGAGCCGUGUGAUUGAAAAAUUUGAUUUUUCUUGUGUAAUAGUACUGUAGUCUUUUUGAAGUGUUUUGAUCUCAAUAAGCCCAAGCACAUUCGACCGUGCCGUGUGGUUCCCGGCACCAAAUAGAAAAAAGAAUAGAAGCACUCCAUCUCUUUCCCAUGGAUGUCGUAAAAGGCGACUAAGGGAUAGGCUUACAAACUUGGGAUUCUGUUUUGGGCGAUGGGCUAGCAACCUGUCACCAUUUGAAUCUCAACUCUAUCAUUAACCCAAAUAGCUGAACGUGGCUAUUCAGUCUUUUCAAGACUGUUGGCUCUGUCUAACCCGCAAGGGAUAUAGACGUGAUCAUA